UCUUUCUCGCCCCCACUCACUCACGGCGUUCUUUCCGAGCACUCACGGAAAGCCUCGAACCUCUCUCUUCCUCUUUUUGUUAAGAAUUAUAACUCCUCUCUCUCUCCCUCUCUCUCUCUCCCUCUCCCUCUCUCUCUCUCCUCACUUAAUCACGCCGUUCUUUCCGAGCCGUCACCCGAAAGCGGAAAGCCUCAAAGCCUCUCUCUUCCUCUUUUGCCAAGAAUUAUAACUCAUCACUCUUUCUCUCUCUAACGCCGUUCUUUCCGAGCCCUCAUCUGAAAGCGGAAAGCCUCGAACCUCUCUCUAGUCUUCUUCCUCAUUUUGUUCUUCUACCCCGACCGACGCCAUUCACCACACGGAAGCCGUCGACACCAGCCACAACACGGUUGCCUUUCUCCACGGGCCGCUCGUCCUCCUGCCGGCAGCCCUCCCAUUCUUCCUUCUUUUUUCCUCUCCUGAUUGCUCCUCUCCCUCGUGCGUCGUCGCCAUCGCCGCGUCUCCUUCACGCACAAGAGCCGGAGUUAACCCCCGGCAGCCCUCCCUCUUCCCCCUCUUGAUUUCCCUUGUCCCUUUCCUCUAUUCGGUGGUCGUCGUCACUCGAAGUCGGGAGAAGGGCCAAACACAGUCGCCCUUAUUUUUCUCUCUUUCUUUUCUUCCUCUCUUGUUCUCACACGGAAGCCACCGCUGUCAUCCGAACCGCCGCUGUUGUCAGCCAAGAAAGUGGGACAGUCGGCCCUCUUCUUCCUUUUCCUUUCUCUCAGAUUAUUUCCCACUGCUUUUAGCCGAGCCAAGAAGGACCACUGACCUCUUCGUAUCCUUGUAAAAACGAACGAAGGCAUUAUCACCAAAUUAAAGGUGAACAAGUGGUAUAUAAAUCUGAGGACUAUUUAGUAUCUCAUUAUGUCUGCCUUACAUACUUCUGAAUAUGAUUAUGAAAUGAGGGCUUUGCAAAACUUGUUUGAUGUAUUUGGUAAAGUUUGUUGUCUUGAAGAGAUAGCAUCUGCUUACUGCAAGGCAGGACGUGAUGAAUCCAAGGCAGCUGACAUACUGGCUCAGCAGCAAGGAAGUAGUAGUUCUGGUGAAUCGUAUGCACAAUUUGGAAAGCAAUUUCUUCAAUCAGUGGAGUCACUAGAUGAAGGAAGGCUCAAGAAUUCUGCCUACCAGGGAAAAACUUCCUGUGGAACAAAGCCCAAAAAGUUCAGUGCUUCAGCCGGUUCUAUAUCAAGUGUUCUGGGUAAGAAUUAUGUGAAUGGAGUCUCAUCAUCUUGGAAUAGACCAAAUGUAACACAGAAGCCGCUUAAGAUUGAAAUCAAGGAACCAAUGCCAUGUGGAUAUUAUGAAUCGUCUGUGCUAAAGUCUGUUCAAACAAAUGGUUUUCUUGAAGACAAUGAUGUUGAAGACUUCCUCUUCUCAAUGCUUGGGGAUGGAUUCAAACUUAGCAGGGAUGUGAUACACAAUGUGCUUGGCAUUUGUGGAUAUGACAUGAAGAAGAGUAUGGAAGAAUUAUUGGAACUAUCUUCCAGAAACUUGGAAAAGGGCAAAUCAGUUGAGUUUGAUGAAUUGGGAAAGCUCACAGGCAAAGGCUUAGAGAUGGAGAACAAUUUUUGCCAAAAUUCUAGUUCCAACUCUUCAUCUAGUGUUAGAGAUAUUCCCAUACACUCUGGCAUGGAACAAAAGAAUGCUAAUCUCCCAAAUGAGGUGCUACAAUCAUUGUUCAAUGUUCCUGAGAGGUCAGAGGAACCACAGAAAACCCGUACACGAAUCGGUCUGAACAGAACAAGAGUUGUUAAAGAAAAGUCAGUGAAAGAACCACUGGAGGACUUUUACUCAUCAUCCACAAUUGAUCAUUCAAAUAUGAUGCAUGGUGGUCUAGUUACCCAAGAAGAUGAUGAUUAUGAAGCCCUCAGGAGAUCUGUCAAGGAGAAUUGGGGUUUGAUGAAGCAGUAUUAUGAAGCCGCUGCUGAUGCUUUUGUAAAGGGUGAUCCAGCAGUCAACUAUCUUCGAGUGGAAGGUAACAACUAUGCUCAGAAGGCUCGAGAAGCAGAUGAAAAAUCUGCUGCAAUGCUACUACAACCAAGAAAGUCUAGUAACAAAGACAAAGUCACUCUUGAUCUAGAGCCACAUCGUUCAAGGGAAGCUUUGGACUUGGUCAAAUUACACCUCCGUCAAUUGGCUGGUAUUCCAACUUUUAAAUGUUUAAAGCUUGUCUUUGGCGCUGAUGGUGGGGAUAGCAAGAAGGCAAAAACAAGACGUCUGGUCAUAAAGCUUCUCAACAAUGAGUCAAUCCAGUGGAAUGAAGAUGCUGAGCAGGGAGUUAUCUGUAUUGACUUGGAUCAGGUGAAUCCCGGCAAAUUGAGUUUUGUCAUGGAAUAAACAAAGUCAUUUUUAAAAACUAAGCUGAGUAGGGGAUUUGACAAGUUAAAUGAUGUGUUUCGUCAAGUCUUAUUAAGAAACAUAUGCUUAAUUACAAUUUAUUAAACAUAAUUAAUAUGAUUGUCAAAUGAUGGUUGCCUGUGGCAA